GGGCUGGGCGAGGGCACGAGACAAGCGCUCGGCCCGGGCAAGAAGCGGGCGGAGAAAGCUGGGCCUGGAGCAGUGUGCCCCUCGGCUCCAGCCUGGCCUCAGCUCUGCAGGCGGGACCGGCUGUGCCUCAGUGCCCACCGCACCGCCUUCCCGCAGCGCAGCAGCGCGUCCCGGUGCUGGGAGCAGCCGCCCAGCUCCCCUUCCCAGCCAGCGCCGCCCCAGCGAGCCCUUCCCGAUGCCGUCGGAUGCUCCCCUCCUGCUCCUCUGCCUCCAGGAGAUGGGACGGUGCGGAUGGGCCCAGCCGGCGGGCACCAGGCCGGCGGCCCCCUCCGGUCCUCCCGAAAGCAGCCCAGGAGAUGUGCGGGCGGUUGCGUGUGGGGAGCCAGGGCGCUGGUGCUCCGUCGUCUACUGUGAGCUGAGCGCUGGUGUGGGCGAGGCGUCCCGAGCUCCUCCGCAGCGUGCUGGCGGACGGCUUCACGAGCCUGCAGAUCCAGCCAGGUUUCCCUGGGGCUUCUCGCUAGCGGGAAGCGGAGCUGCACUCCCGAGCACAUGCGGGGCAGGGCGGACGGCGGAGGAGUUCACCGCUGCUGUGCGAGCGGAGAGGUGUAUGCUGAGUGCCCUAGCAAGUGUGGUAUUUUUGCGCAAAGUUGGAGCUGCAGCGACCACCGUGGGUCGCACCCUGCCACGUGUGCAAGAUUCCCGGGGGCUGCAGUCUGGAGGUCGUCGACAGCCAGGACUUUGCUCGCCUUCUGGCUCGGUCACUUUACCGCGGCUUGGAAACCGUGUCCGAGCUUACCGAGAUGUGCACGACUCGCCUGAGCUUUGUGCAGGGCUGGGGCGCUACGUCCCGUCGCCAAGAUGUGACGAGCCCCCGUGCUGGAUCGAGACCCCCUGCACGGUCCCCCCGUGGCUGAGCAGGGCUCCCACUCGCGUGGGCCCACCAACCAUCCUGCUUCCUCCAGGUCUUACACGGGCCCAAGCACCGGUAUUCUGGAGGCGUUCGAGCCGCACGUGGGGGCUGUGCACGCGGCAGUCUUUCCAGGGCUGGCUGUGCAGCAGGACCAGUGCCAUGCAUUUUGCAGCCCUUCCUGGCAGCAGCCCCCACCUGAGAAGCACUUCCCUUCUGCAGGGAGAUCUGUUGAGGACAUAUUAGGGUUACCAUAUGGCUGGGUUUUCCCAGACAUGUGUUUUUUUUGCAUCCUCUGAUUUCUGUCUGGGUGGUUUUUUAAAUAUAAUCAAAUGUUCGGGAUUUAGGUAAGCCCAUCUUCACAGUUUUUUCCCUAGACUGUCCUCUAGCCCUCCAGCCACAACCCUCUGGCUUUGGUCCCCGCAGGAGCACAGGCCCAGCCCAGCCUGGCUCUAGCCAACACCCAGCAACACUCAAGGAGGCUUAAACGCCCAACACGUGUAGCAGUAAGAGGUGGGGGUGCAACCAGCCCAGCCCCGAGGCCUGAGAGCCCCCAAUGCAGAGCACAGGCAUCGCUGCACCGAGCCCGCCCCGGCCAGCAGCUGUCCACCUCUGCUGAGCCCUCCAGCGCCGGAGCGUCCCCCACUCCCCGAGCGUCUGCCCCACGGCUGCGCUCCUCUGACACCGAAGAUGUGUUCCCAGAUCCCUGGUCCAAACUGACUCUCCUGCAACCUUAAGCUAUGGGUCUAUGACCUCCUCUCAGCAACAGGGGAGAAAACACUUUCCCUCUUCCCUGCAGCAGCCCUUCAGCAUCUGGAGGCUGCUCCCGUGUCCCCUCGUCAGCACCAUCUCCACACCCUUCAGACCAAACCGUGCACAAAAUGACACUGUCAGCCGCGAUAUAGCACGACACGACAGCUGAAGAGAGCACGGGGGAAGAGGGGUGUCCCCCACCCCCCAGAGCCCUCGGGGCGUCCCUGGCACAUGGGAGGGGGCACAGAGGGCUGGGGCGGGGCACAGAAGCAGAAGUCUUCGCAGGGCCCUGGGGGUGCUGAGGACCCGUGUCCGCCCCGGGGCACCUGCUCCCUGUCUGGGUGCAGAGCUGCCCUUCCCCGAGGGUGCGGCCUGGACUCUGCCCUGCUCCACACCCCACACCUGCCACCCCGGCAAAGAGAAACCAGCACGGACUUUGCCCACCCGCCGGAGGAAGCAGGACGGACGCUUGCACACAAAUCCAUGGGGCUGGGGUCUCUCCUCCUCCUCCUCCUCCCCCUCCUCUUGCUCAGGGCAGCCGGCUCCCAGCUGCGGGUGAUGACGGACCCCUCCUCCCAGGCCCUGCUGGGCGCCGAGGCCCGGCUGCGGUGCCACUUUGAUAUCGGGGGGCUGGUGGCCCUGCGCUCCCUGCGGGUGACCUGGAAACUCUGGGAUGACAAGAUCGCGCAGUACGAUGAAGGCAGGACUAGUGCCCAGCCCGGAGCCAGGCUGGUGGAGACAGAGCUGGAGAAGGGAGACGCCUCCCUGGCCCUGGACAGGGUGAUGGUGACAGACGAGGGGCUGUACACGUGUGCCGUGGGCUACGGGGCGCAGCAGCAGCAGGGGAGCACCAGCCUGCGCGUGCUCGCUCCCCCGACCAUCUCCAUCCCACAGCGCGCAGCCCUGGCCGGUGCCGUCACCUCCCUGCUCUGCCACGUGGGGGGCUUCUACCCCGAGGACGUGGACGUGGCGUGGCUGAGGGACGGGCAGGUCCUGAACGGCUCCACCCGCUACAGCCCCAAGACGAAUCCAGAUGGGACCUUCAGCCUCACCCUGACCUACACCUUCACCCCCGACCUGCGCGACGCCGGCAGCGUCUUCGCCUGCCGCGCCCGCCACGCGGCGCUGGGGCAGCCCCUGCACGAGGAGUUCCCCCUGGACGUGGCAGGUGGGGCCUUAGAUCUCAUCAGUGCCAUGAUCGGAGCAUCCCUGGGGCUCGCGGUGGCAGCAGGAGCCGCGGCUGCCACGGCCUUUUACUGCUGGAGGAGGAGGAAAGGUGGGAAACCCCCCUACACCAUCUCCAAGGUGAAGGGGCCAAAGCAGUGCCUGCUGGGCCAGGAGGUGACCCUGCGCUGCUGCAUGGAGGGGACCUUCCCCGAGGACACGGCCGUGACGUGGGAGCGGGUCCAGGGCGAGGACAGGACGGCCACCGAGCCGCACGGGGACACGGCCGACCCCGAGCGCCUGCCGCUGUUACGCACCCUGCCCCCGGGCUGGACCGCGACGCAGGAGAGAAGCGCGACCGGCCUCACGGCCUCCCUGACCUUCACCGCCGCGGUGCAGGACGACGGGGCGCGCGUCCGGUGCUGCUUCCACCACGGGGCCAAGCGCAUCAGGGAGCAGCGGGAGUCCCGGGAGAUCCGGGUGUGGGCGCGGCCGGAGCUGUCCGGGAUCCAGGUGUUGUCGCACUGGGACCCCCCGGACCAGGUGCCGUUCGCCGUCCGCCUGCACGGCUUCUACCCCCGCGGGAUCCACCGCAUCGCGUGGAGCUGGGACGGGGACGGUGCCGGGAGAGAAGAGCCCCCCGACAUCAGCCCCAACGCGGACGGCACCUUCACGGCGACGAGCGUGUGGAGAGUGCCCAGCCGGAGCCUGACCGGCCCGGGGCUGCGAGUGCGAGUGUGCGUGCAGCACGGCCCCGCAGACCCCCCGCUGGAGACAGAGCUGCGCCUGGGGGACACCGGGCUCCUGUGGCCCCCGGCGCUGUCGGACAUCUCCCAGCCGGAGUCAGUGCCCCUGGGGAGCAGAGUCACCCUGAGCUGCCGCAUUUCGGGGCAUUUCCCGGCAGAGCUGAGGCUGGUCUGGCUCCAGAAGGGCAAGGGACAGGCUCCAGCCAUGCCCCUGCCAGACUCUGAUGACUACGAGAUCCAACCGGGCACGGCCGUGCAGGCGCUGGACAAGAAAAGUUUCCAGCAGGAAACAAGCCUGAUCUUCACCCCGUCGGUGCAGAGAGACCAGGGCAUCCGGUACAUCUGCCGCGUGCGGCACGCAGCCCUGGAGCAGCCCGUGGAGAAGAGCAGCGCGGAGCUGCAGGUGACAGCGCGGCCGGAGCUGUCCGGGAUCCAGGUGUGGCCGUGCUGGGACCCCCCGGACCAGGUGCCGUUCGCCGUCCGCCUGCACGGCUUCUACCCCCGCGGGAUCCACCGCAUCGCGUGGAGCUGGGACGGGGACGGUGCCGGGAGAGAAGAGCCCCCCGACAUCAGCCCCAACCCGGACGGCACCUUCACGGCGACGAGCGUGUGGAGAGUGCCCAGCCGGAGCCUGACCGGCCCGGGGCUGCGAGUGCGAGUGUGCGUGCAGCACGGCCCCGCAGACCCCCCGCUGGAGACAGAGCUGCGCCUGGGGGACGCCGGGCUCCUGCGGCCCCCGGCGCUGUCGGACAUCUCCCAGCCGGAGUCAGUGCCCCUGGGGAGCAGAGUCACCCUGAGCUGCUGCAUUUCGGGGCAUUUCCCAGCAGAGCUGAGGCUGGUCUGGCUCCGGAAGGGCAAGGGACAGGCUCCAGCCGUGCCCCUGGCAGACUCUGAUGACUACAGGAUCCAACCGGGCACGGCGGAGCAGGCGCUGGACGGGAAGAGUUUCCAGCAGGAAACAAGCCUGAUCUUCACCCCGUCGGUGCAGAGAGACCAGGGCGCCCGGUACAUCUGCCGUGUGCGGCACAUGGCCCUGGAGCAGCACGUGGAGAAGAGCAGCGCGGAGCUGCAGGUGACAGGUCUCCCGCAGCCCCUGGAGGUGCCACAAAUCUCCGAGUCUGAGUCAGUGCCCGCAGGGAGAGGACUCGCUGCGGGGCAUUCCCCACGGCAGCCAAGUACGCCCCUGAUGCUCAGCACCAAACCUGUGCCCGUGACACCGCAGACCGUCCCUGAGCGGCGUGGCACUGCUGCGCACACCAGCAGCGGUCUGCUGCGGCCCCUGGAGGAGCCAGACAUCUCCAGAAAUCACUUCACCCCCUCAAGGCCCAAGGAUAACAGGGUCGAUCACCAGCACCGGGAGGAGCCUGAACUCCAAGAGAAGCCAAGUGCGAAAUCCUUUGGGCCCCAGCAGCUCCGAGUUCAGGGACACGUGUCCCAGAUCCACACGCUGCCCAAGGGGAAUGAACCAGAGGAAGUGCUGUUUGCUAUCCACAUAGAGCGCUACUACCCCCAGGACAUCCAUCAGAUCCAGUGGAGCUGGGACGGGGACGGCGCUGGGAGGAAAGUGCCCCUGAAAACCAAAGAGAACCCAGACGGCACCUUCACGGGGACGAGUGUCUGGAUGGUGCCCAGGAGGAGCACGACCCGCCCGGGGCUGCGAGUGCGAGUGUCUGUGGUGCAAACCCCUGGAGACCCCCCGGUGGAGAGAGAGCUGUGCACAGGCAUCUCCUCCUGAACCACACAGGAUGCAGCGCACGAGCCCCGCACCCUGCCCACAACCAGGUACACCGGUCUCUGCCACACAGCCCUGGCCUCUCACCUCGCCUGGGCCUGCCCUGGGCACACGCUUGUCUGGACGGUUUGGCGAGGGCUGGAGCUGCUGUGAGCAGGGGCUGGAUGAGAGGAGGCCUUGGGCGGUCCCUUCCCGCCCCACUUCCCCGUGAUCCUGCCGCAACUGGCUCUGGCAAUGGUUUUACCCAGCGCUGGGACACAGGCGGACACAGGACGGGAGAGCAGGACUGAGCGCUGCCCUCGGGACCCCGGAGCCCAGCAGGGCUCAGCCCACGGUCUCAGCGUCCCCAGAGGAGCGUGGGGCGGGGGAGUCCGGGGGGACCUGCCCAGCGCCCCCAGCCAGGCCCAGGGUGGGGAGAGGGGCCCGGCGUGACCCCACCACAAGGGACAUCUGGGGGUCCCAAUGUGGAGGUCAGAACCAGCGUUAUCCACAGGGUGCAGCAACCCCCUUGGCCGUCCCACCCGCACCCCCCCAUGCCCAGCGCAGCCCGGGGCCUGGGGUCAUGGCUCUAACGCCAAGCCAGGAUCGACACCCCGCUUCUUUCCCAGGACUGGUUUUACUGGCUGCCUCAGGGGGCUGCGACGCUCCCCCAGCCCCUCGACGCUCCCCCAGCCCCUUGGCCCCUGUCACCUGCUCCCUGCGGGGCUGUGUUCCCUCCUCUCGCCCGCCCGCCGGAGGGGGCUGCACUGGGGGACGGGGCUGACCCAGGCUAGAGCUCGCUCCCAACCUGCUUGCUGCCUUCGGGCAGAGGUGGGAAAUGAUUUUGCCUAGAGGCCAAUUAACAGGUUUGGGUGAGAUGCUGAGGGCCCCAGAUAUAACACCUUUCAGAAGAAACCAUUUUACCAAAUCGUAGAUAUAACAAACAAGGCAUUUACUAAAAGUGAAACAUCUACCUAGCCUCUGCUAUGACUCUGCG